CAGCGUAGCCUGUUGAUAGGUUAGUUAGAAAACACCUCCUACAUUUCAUUGUGUAUUAAAGGACAUGCAAACUGAAGGGAAACAUUUCUGGAGAACUUUGUUUAAAAAUCCAUACGACCGACUGAACACAGAAGACUUUCUUCUUCUUUUGACUCCUGUUUUUCAACAGAUUUUAACCUGAUUCAGCUCCAUUUUUCAGGGCUGUAGGCUGAACUGCUGUGGGUGAACCAGCCAACUAACCAGUAGGGACUUGAACCACUGCAGGUGAACCAAACAACCACUCCUCAGUCACACAGAAAAAUCCGGAAAAAUGAAGAUCCUCUUUGCCUGUUUGCUGCUGGUGCUGCUCGUUGCCACUGGGUUCUCAAAAUCAAAAGGGAACAAAAAAUCAGAAAAGACAACGCCCAAUCCUAAACCAGCAGAUAAGGAGACACAGAAAUGUUAUGAGAAGUUUAGGAGACAGCAUAUAGACAACAAAAUGACUGCGGUAAAAUGUGAUUCGGAGAUAGGGAAAAAGAAGAUUUACAAUAAUGACAACAGCUGUAAGGAAACCAACACCUUCAUCCUUGAUGAUCCAGCAAAAGUCAAAUCUAUUUGUAACGGUGAUGGUGAAUACGAUGAAAAAACUAACAUGACCAAAAGCAGACAAGCAUUCAAGAUUGUUGUAUGUGAACUAAACAAUCAGGGAGCAAGAAAACCAAAAUGUCAGUAUAAGGGAAAAGAGCUCACUAACAGAUUUGUUUCAGUCAGAUGUCAACAGGGAUUACCUGUGCACUUUGAUGACGACAUACUGGACUCUAAAGCAUUAUGCUGAGUUGCAUCUACUUCAGAACCCUGUCAGUGAGGCAAAGCAAUCUGAAAUGUGAUGCUGCAUCUUCAUUUAACCUUUGACUGUCUAAAAUGAAUAAAAUUACAAAUGUGA